UCACUCAAAUUUCAAAUCUAUUAAUUUUAUGUCAAUUCUGUGGUGUUGAAUUUUAUAAGUAAAUGGUAGUUACAAACAAAAACAUCAUGACCUCCUUUGACAAAUGAAAGUGAAGAUGAUGGCUAUGCAACAUUACUUCCAUCCACGUAUAACUCACUCUCUCCAGCGGAUUAGGACCCAAUCCUCCGGUGACCGGAAAGAGAGCCUGCAGGAGAAGGUAAUAAUCCCUUCCGGCGGAUCCCCAGCUGACCAAUUCACGCCUUUGGCAUUGGUUUUCCGGCGACGGCUUCUAACUGGUAUUGGAACAGCUUCCCUGGUUGCUGUCGGAGCUAAUUUUGCCGGAAUUACAAGUUUUCUUCUUGGGUUCUCGCCGGAGAGAUCUCGGUCUCUUAAAUUGGACGUGCUUUAUCCCAUCAGAGGCUACCGUCGGUGCAUUGACUCAAAUGAGGGAUUUGAGUUCAUAUACCCAGCAAGUUGGGUUGGAGAUCAGACACUGUUGUAUCGAGCAGCUGGGAAGGCAGAAAGAUCGCUUGAUCCUCCUCCUCUAAGCUAUAUGACACCCAAUGACCGUCGCCGUCAAAAUGUAAAUGAGCCACUCGUUGCAUUUGGUCCGCCAGGGUCAAGUGGAGAGCUCAACGUUAGUGUUGUUGUCUCACCAGUUCCUCUUGAUUUCUCAAUUGAGGCAUUUGGAGGACCAAAGGAGGUAGGAGAAGCUGUGAUUCGGACGAUUACAGGAUCUGGCCAACGCCUUGAUGUGAAAGGAACACUGAUAGAAUCAAAUUUGAGGCAGGAUUCACUAAGAAAUAUCAAAUACUAUGAGUUGGAAUUUAGGGUGGAAAGCCCCACAUUUCAGAGGCAUAACGUUGCUGUCUGUUGUGUUCGCAGUGGAAGGCUAUUCACUCUAAAUGCACAGUCACCAGAAUCAGCGUGGCCAAAGGUGAAAUCGGACUUCUACAAAAUUGUUGAUUCUUUUAUUUUGGCUUGAUGACAACAAAGAGAAAUAGAUGAUUGCUUUUAAGACAUGGUGCAAGAUUUAUAGAGAAUUUUGUUAUGGUUUAGCACAACACUUUAGCCUUGAAUUUCAUUUUCUGUGAUCUACACUGAUGAAGUGUGGCAACCUGAGAUAGGAUUGCUUUCAAUUUGGAAAUAACUUGCAAGAAGGUACUCUAUGAACAUGACAAUCCCAAACUCCAGGAAUGCUUAAAAACGGAAUGUUUUGCAUCCUAACACGACAUCAAU